UUAAAAUAGUUCAAAGAUUCUAUAUAUUAUUAGUCUUUUUAAAAUAUAUUUAAUAAAAUUAUGCAUGAAAAAAGUUGCAACUUCUAUUUUAAAAAUAAUAAUUAAAAAGAUGUUUAUUUACGUAUUUUUAAUAUUCCAAUCUAACAAAAUUUUAUUGUAUCUUUACAAAAACAGAAAUAUACAGUUUUGUUUUACAAAAUAAAACUUUAUAAAUAGCUAAAUAAAUAAAUAAAUUCCUAAUUAUUAUCAAAUUAUUAUACAUUAAUAUUAGUUAGCUUUGACUUAUAUACACAUUAUAAAUUUAUAAUAAUAUAUAUAAAAAAAAAUUAAUAGCAUUACUAAAUAUUAAAUACCAGAAUAAAUAAAAAAGUAUUAUAAACUAACGCAAUACAUAUUAAACUUAUAAUGAUUACACUGCUAAAUUAAAAUAUUAUUUUUAUUUUAAAAAAAAGUUAUGAUACAGUAUUAUUUUAUAGUACAUGUUAAUUAAAAUAAUAAAACACCACUGUAUUAUAAAAAAUCAUGUAAAAUUUUAACAAACAUUCCAAUUACAAAUCAUAAAUCUUUUCCUAAAUGUACUAAAUACUUCUUGGUAAAUUAAGAGUAUAUGAGUCUUGGAUCUCCUACAAUAUCUGCACUUUCAAGAUUACUUUUUGAAAAAAUAAUUAAUAAUAAUUAUAACUAAAAAUCUAAAUAAUUCACAUUCCUAAAGAAAAAUAUGAAAUUUAAUUCUCAUUACAUUAAAUUUUAUAGAAAAUAAUCUUGUGGUUUAAAAUCUAAUUAGUUAUUAAAUGUUAUACUGUUAACCCAUCUCACAAUAGUGAAGUUCCUCCACUAUAUAAGUAGUCUCACUAUCCCAUAAUCAUCAUCAUCAUAACUAUCAAUUCUUUCUUUCUCUUUGGCUCACCAUCUAUAAUAAACCAUAAUUCCUUCGACAAGAAAAUGGCUAUUGAUCCGAGUCUUUCUUUGGGUUCUAGAACUGGAUCAUUUCCAUUUCUGAGUCUCGACCUUUGUCUCAGCAUUGUCCUCUUCAUAUCCCUUUUCGUUUUCUGGUUGACCCCAGGUGGCUUUGCCUGGGCACUUUACAAAGCUCGUGUCCAUACCCGACAACAAUCCAAAGCCCGAGCCGCCAUUCCUGGCCCGGCAGGUCUCCCCAUCAUUGGCCUCCUCUUGGCCUUCGUCAAUAACGCCUCAACACACAGAAUCCUCGCCAGUAUUGCUAACUCCUGCAAUGCAAAAGCUCUCAUGGCAUUCUCUGUCGGUUCGACCCGGUUUGUUAUAACUAGCGAACCGGAGACCGCCAAAGAGCUCUUAAACAGCUCAGCUUUUGCAGACAGGCCUCUGAAUGAGUCUGCUUACGAGCUGCUUUUUCAUAGAUCUAUGGGGUUUGCUCCCUUUGGUGAUUACUGGAGAGAGCUGAGGAGAAUCUCGUCUACUCAUCUCUUUAGCCCUAAGAGGAUCUCCGGUUUUGCCGAAUCCCGUAGAAAAAUUGGGAAUAGUAUGGUAGAAGAUAUCAACAGCGCAAUGGCGAGUUAUGGAGAGGUGGAGAUCCGAAGAAUCUUGCAUUUUGGAUCACUUAACAACGUGAUGUCUACCGUUUUCGGCAGAACAUUUUAUUUCAACGAUGGUACCAAUGAGUUGGAGCACUUUGUGUCCGAAGGCUAUGAGCUUCUCGGAAUCUUUAACUGGGGUGAUCAUUUCCCGGGAGCGAGGUGGUUAGAUUUACAAGGCGUGAGGAGAAGAUGCCGUAGCCUUGUUGGUAAGGUGAAUGUGUUUGUCGGAAAUAUAAUCGAUGACCACAUAUCAAAGAGGUCUCUUCAUGAUAGUCAAGAAGAAGAAAGCACUAAUGAGGAUGACUUUGUUGAUGUUUUACUUGGCAUGCAAGGCAACAGCAAACUUUCCAACUCUGAUAUGAUUGCCGUCCUUUGGGAAAUGAUUUUUAGGGGAACAGACACCGUGGCCAUUCUAUUGGAAUGGAUCCUUGCGAGAAUGAUUCUUCACCCUGACAUUCAAGCCAAGGCGCAGGCCGAGAUCGAUGUUAUCGUGGGUGAAUCGGGACGUCAAGUCUCAGACUCAGACCUCUCCAAGCUUCCAUACCUCCGUGCCAUCGUCAAGGAAACCCUAAGGAUGCACCCACCUGGUCCUCUCCUCGCAUGGGCUCGUCUCACCAUUCACGAUACUCAGAUUGGGACCCACUUUAUUCCCGCUGGGACCACUGCUAUGGUUAACAUGUGGGCUAUAACACAUGAUGAAAAGGUUUGGCCGGAGGCUCACGAGUAUAAGCCAGAUAGGUUUCUUGGUGCGCCCGAAAGUGGUAACUUCCCCAUCAUGGGAUCUGAUUUGAGGCUUGCUCCCUUUGGUGCUGGACGUAGGGUCUGUCCUGGCAAGUCUAUGGGUAUAGCCACAGUGGAGCUAUGGCUGGCUCAGUUGCUAGGUCGCUUCAAGUGGGUCCCUUGUGGUGAAGUAGAUUUGAGCGAGACUUUGAAGCUCUCUUUGGAGAUGAAGAACCCUCUUGUUUGUAAGGCAAUCCCUAGGGUUUAAUUAGGGCUUCGUUGGUUAUCAAACUAUGCUAUUCUUAUCUCUCUCUCUUGGUUUUGUUUGAUUUCCUAUUGCUUUAUACUCAUUUUUGUCAGUAGCUAUAUCUAAAUAAAAGUUCCAAUAUAUGGUAACAUUUUUGUUUCAACUUCUUCUUUAAAUCAAUCUAUACUAUAUAACAUGGUUUAAUAUCCUAAUAUGUUACAUGAUAGUUUCGUAAUAACAUCAGAAAUUUUAUUUGAAAUAAGUAUUUACCAAAACUACCAUAUACACAGGUGUAUGCACAUAAAAUUGUCAUUAUUGACCAGCUAUCAAUGUAGAAUAAACUAAUGUAGCUAACUACACCAAAUAUAUAUCUUAUGUAACAAUAUCAUUCAAUUUCAUAAAGUUACUAGGUGAUAAUCCACGCCCUGCGCAGAGUGAGUGAACUAAAAAAGAUUAUAACUUUUAAUCUAUAGGUAUUAAAAAAGUAAAAGUCAUCGACACAAGUAUUACAUGUUAUAUAAUGAAUGACUAAACGAAAUUGUGUUAUUGGUUGCAAAACAAUAUUGAAUCAAAUUGUGACACAUGGACCCUGUUUUUUAUUUUUAAAAUUAAAAAUUGUUUAUAAAAUAAUGAAAGCAAAAUAAAAAUGGAAAAAAGAAGAGUAACACACGUUCUUAACAAUCCAGUUCAAUCCAAUAAUCUCUUUCCAACAGUUCUUCUUGCCUACACCUCCACGAUCACCAUUCACGUCAAUCUCUCUUAUAACUACCUUCACUCCAUCAUUUAUAUUUAUGCAAUGUCAUUGUAAAGUUCUCUUACUCAAAUCCACACAACGUUUCUUCUCCAAGAUAAAUUGAUAUUUGAUGUAUCAUCUCAUGUUUUCUCUCCUUUUGAUGCUUAAUUUCUAUGGAUCUCAUUAUUUUCUAUGCCUUUCACUAUGAUAUUUUUGUAUCAAGCUUCGCUCGCAUGCAAGGUUUUUAAGAAAAAAAUCAGGUUUGUAUUUUUUUUGGUAAAAAAUCAGGUUUGUAUCUUCUUUCUUCCAAAUAUGGAAAUCUGAGGUAGAGGGAGCGAAAUAGAAUAUUUUAUGUAAGUGUACACCUCUACAUCCAUCAGAAACAUGAGAGAAGAAAAUAAGACAAACUGGCUUUAACAAGAAUGAAGCAUUAUUGGAUCAACAUACAAUCCAGAAAAAUAAAAGCCGAAACAAAAUGAAGGACUUUUUUCUACAACAAAUGAAGGAGUAGAAUCAGGUGUCCAUAAUCUGAUAACAAGUGGUAUUUUAGAUCUUCUCUGAUUCCUUUUUUUUUUUGUAACUGAUCUUAUCUGCUUAUUUUUCUUAUGCUCUUCUUUACAAGUAUCUAUUUUAUUUUUGUAGCCUUUGCUUGAAGAAAUUCCAUCAGUCAGUAUUAAAGAUGUGAUACAGAUUUCGAAAGAAGGAAAGACAUUAAAAACCAAACACUCUACUGGGGAAAAAGAGUAUUAACAAUUUUGAUGAUGCAGCUGAGUAUUUACAAAUCUGUAAGUUGAUCUGAGUGUUUCAAAAAUCUUUUUUUUCUGAUUAUAAUAGAGCAAGUGUAUUAUAUACAAGUCGAAUAUUCUAAAUAUAUCGAAUCUAUUAUGUUUAGUUUUAUUGUUUUUAUUUUCCAUUAUAUUAGAAAUAAGGAUAUUUAUAUUUUCAAGAAACGUAUUUACAAAAAAAAUACAGACAAAACUGAAUUGAUUAAACAUAUUUUUAACUACUUUUAUGCAUGUUUGAAUGUAUCUUAACUUUCUAUAAAAAUUGCUUUCAGAUAUGUAUAUUAUCUCUUUGAAAAGUCAUAAUAAUUCUUAUAAGGCUUCAAACUCUUUGUCUGAAUGCAUCCACUUCUAAUUUUAGAUGCCGGUGUGUGUUACUAACAUAAUGUUUAAUUUUGAUGAAAACAAAAAUGAAACAACAACUUUGGAAUUGUACAAUAAAAAGAUCGUUAAAGUGCAAUAUUUCAAAAAAAAAAAACAUCAGUUAAUUGCAAGUAAAAAUUGAUCCCGUGCUUAGCACGGGGUAAUAA